AUGAAGAAAACAACCAUAUUUCUGGUCCUUUUUCUAGCUAACUGUUGCUUCUUGUUAGCUGCUGGGACUCCAAGAAAGAAGAUUGACUGCAGCAAAGUGAAACACAGCCUUGUAGCCUGCCCUAAGAUCCGUGCCCCAGUUUGUGGAACUGAUGGCAAAACAUACCUCAAUAAAUGUUUGCUGUGUGCCCAAAUCAUAAAUGGAGCAGAUAUAGACUUAGCAUUUGAAGGAUCCUGUGUUGACUGCAGGAAAUAUCCACAACCACCGACUGGCGACUGCCCAAAUAAACACGUACCUGUAUGUGGCACUGAUGGUCAGACCUAUGCCCAUCCGUGCAUCUUGUGCGCAAGAAUCUGGAGCCUGGCCCUUUACCUGGGCCAGUGUCAGCACUUGGUAUUCUUUGGCACCUGCCAAGGCCUAAUUGCUCUGGCUGGUCCCACCAUUGACACCUUCUCUGAAUGCUCCUUUCAAAACAGUUCUGGUCCAGACCUCUAG